UCCGGUCCCGCCCUGUCCUGACUCACCCUGUCUGGUCUGGUCCGGUCCUGCCUUGUCCUCACCUGCCUAGUCCGGCCUGGUCCGGUCCUGCCCUGUCCUGUCCGGUCUGGUACAGUUCUGCUCUGCCCUGCCCAGUCCUGUCCUGCUCUUCCCUGUCCUGUCCUGCCCUGUCCAGUCUGGUCCUGCCCUGCCCCGUCCAGUCUGGUCUGGUCUGGUCCUGCCCUGUCCAGUCUGGUCCGGUCCUGCCCUGCUGUGCCCGGCCCAGUCCGGCCCUGUCCUGUCUCGUCCUGCCCUGCCCUGCCCUGCCGGGCCCGGUCCGGCCCGCCUCUCCCUACGGUGCCCAACCUGGCGGUGCCCUUCCCGGUCGGGCAGCGGGCAGCAUGGCCUGGGAGGGGUCCCGGCCCAGCCUGCCGUCCAUCUCUUCGGGGGAGCUGCGCCGCGGCCUGUGGACGUGCGACUGCGAGCUGGCCCUGCUGCCCCUGAGCCAGCUGCUGCUCCUGCAGGCCCAGGCCUUCCAGCUGAGGGGUGACCUCCUCCUCCUCCUCCCCGCCCCCCACCGCCCCUCGGGGGGCUUCAACGUCUUCGGCCACGGCUUCGUGCGCCUCGAUGGCCGGCUCUACCGCCUCAGCAACUACAUCAAGAGGUUCAUGGAACUCAGCAGCCACCGCGACUAUAAAGACUACCGGGAAACCCUCCUGAGCCGUCCGAUGCUGUUCUUCACCGAUGUGAGGACUGGGACAGGGCCCUCCUGUCAAGAAAAAACCUAUGCACUUCUUGUGAAUACACGACACCCUAAGAUAAGAAGACAGAUAGAACACGGGAUGGAUCAAGUCAUUUCCUCAGUGUUUGGAGAAAGCUACAGCCUUCGGUUUGACUUUCAGAAAGUGGUGAAGAGUUUUUUUCCUCCGGGAAGUGAAGUGGUUAAUGGAGAAGAUCUAAGCUUUGCGUAUGAAUUCAAAUCCGAUGCCCUGUUUGAUUUCUUCUACUGGUUUGGGCUCAGCAAAAGCACAGUCGAAGUGACUGGAAAAGUUCUGAAUUUGUCUAGUACCAGUCCAGCGAAGAAGGAGACAAUCAAGUUAUUUCUGGAAAAGAUGAGCGAGCCCCUCGUCAGGAGGGCCAGUUUCUCCGACCGGAAGUUCAGCGUUACCUCUAGAGGUUCAAUAGAUGACGUUUUUAACUGCAGUCUAUCUCCCAGAUCAUCACUGACAGAGCCUCUUCUAACGGGAUUACCAGUCCCGGGAGUUCUGGAAUCUGAAGAGAGUUAAAGAAAUAACCAGAUGAUCGGUGUACCGUACUCAGCUUUUAUGAUCAACUGAAAGCUAGGCACCAGAACCGUCAGGAUAGAAGGUGAAAGGGGGGGACUGGUCCCCUGCUUUUUAAUCUCCUGCCACCCCCUUUCAUUUCUGCUUUAGGGGACAGGACUUUUUGCCUCUCUGGGGCCCCUAGAAUCUCCCGUAGAACAAGUAUCGCUCUCUUUCCCUUUGCCAUGGGCUGUUAUAACCCAACAAGCCCCUGCUCCUGCAGGAUUUUGGGGGAGCCUAAAUUCGCCUCUGAGGCCAAUAAAGCAAGGAAAUUCCCCCGCUGAUGACGAUACUCUUGCCUGAACCCCAACAAGCCCAAUUUAGUAGGGGGUCAGACCACUGCUUCUGGCCCGAUGUAGAUGUAAAAAGAGAUCUCUGAUGCCCCUAAGAUGAGUAACCCUCUUGGACACGACAGACUGAGGAGUAUCUGAUAUUUGAUCUUCUGAGUAUAAAAUGAUCAGUGAAGUAGACGGUAGGAUCGCAUUCAGCACUGACAGAUGCGAGAUAAUGAACAAAGGACGGCCUUCUUUAAAGAAAAUAUAUUAUGUUCCUCUUACUUUAAUUCACCCACUGCGUUGCUAACCUUUUACAACUGAGAGAAGAGAGGAAAAGAAUGUUCCCAGCAACUAAUUCUCCUCUUGUUCAUUCUCUUGGGCUUAGAGAGAUGAAGCGAAACUUCAUUAUUAUUGGUAUUUACUGGGUGCAGUGCACUGUAUUAAACACUUGCGAAAAUACAAGAAGCACAAAAGCCAUUUCUUUCCCACUGGAUUCAAUCAAUCAUAUUUAGUAUUUACUGUGUGCAGAACACUGUACUAAGCGCUUGGGAGAGUACUUAUGCGUAUAACUUCAGGACUCUGGAAAACGUUUUCAAAUACAUGUAAAGGUAAAACGA